AUGCAUUUUCGAUCCCUGAAGAUUGGACUUAUCCUUGGAAGCCUAUUGCCGUGGAUUGACGCAGCGGUUAUCGAAGGCAGGCUCCUGGGAGCGACUUUCCGUGGUCAGGUAGUACAAGGUGUAUCCAUGAAGACAACUGUUCUUUUGAACAGGGGUCUUUAUCAGACCCAUAUCCAAAGAGAUGGUACAUUUGCAUUCCCAGAUGUCCCUACCGGUGCUUAUAUUCUUGAGGUUCACAGUCCUAACCUGUCUUUUCCUAAGGUGCGCAUAAUGGUGACCUCGCGCGACGUGAUCGCCACACGGAUCAGCCUUGGUGACCAUUUCUCCAAUUACCAACAGCUUCUUCCUCUGCCUUUAGUCCUCAGCCCAAGGACAAGACCAAGGAACUACAUUUCUCCAGAAGGAGCCAAAUUUGCAGGAUGGUUUGCCAAUCCACUGACCCUUAUGGCAAGCUUCAGCCUUCUAAUGUUAUUGGUAAUGCCCAGGAUCAUGGCCAACCUUGACGAGGACGCGCUUCACGCCCUGCGACCCCCCUACGAGUUUGGCCGUCAUCGCCAUUAUUCUCCUCAGCAUCCUGCAAGGGGGUCAAUGAUGCAUCCUCCUUGUCAACCUGUGUCCAUGACAUCCCAUGUGCCGUUUCAACUUCAAUAUUAUCAGCCUCAAUUACAUGUGGAUGGAGCCCUGGAUCAGCAUCCCAGCAACGUCUUUCGUUCACCUACAGCAGGUUUUAUCCAACCAACACAACUAGGAAAUGUAGACAAUACACAUAAACAGCCCAUUCCAAUGCAGCCUAAAAAACAAAAAUAA